AUGACAGCCAGCAACUCGUCUCCAGCUCACCCAACUGCUAACUCAAAUGAAUGUGUGCUACUUGCUACUGUUAUUGUUUUAAUUCGCAACUAUGUCGGUUCUCUCGUGCCAUGUCCUGCCAUUAUUGAUUCCGCUUCCCAGCUUAAUUUUGAAACAACUAGACUCGCUAGUCAAUUACAGCUUAAAAAAUCGAAGUCAUUAGUGACAGUUUCGGGCAUUGGAGACUCAGAACUCGUUAUCAACUCCAGCGUGAACAUCUUCAUUCAGUCAUUACAUAGCAACUUCACUGAGACUAUAGAUGCAGCAGUAACUCCAACAAUCAUCGAUAGCCAACCAAAUUAUUCACUUGACAUAACUCAUUGGGAUAUUCCAGCGAACAUAACUCUGGCAGAUCCCGAAUUUCGCCAGCCGCAAUGUGUGGACCUCUUGAUCGGCGCAAGCAUGUUCUUUGACCUGCUAUGUAUUGGUCAAUUUCAUUUAAGAAAUAAUAAUCAUAUUUUGCAAAAAACUCAUUUUGGCUGGGUUGUGUCUGGCGGUCGUGGUAUCUCGUCAAGGUUAUCAUCCUACACAACUACAGCAACAAAUUCAUUUGAGUCUGAUGCAGCUCAUCAAACUACCAACGAUAUGGUGCGUUCACUUUGGGAGGUAGAAACCAGUUUUGAGCCCAUUCGAAAGGCUACAAAGGAGGAAAUCGAUUGUGAGGCUCAUUUCAAGGCGCAUUGCAGUCUUAUGGCGACAGGUGAAUAUUGGGUUCGCCUUCCUUUAAAACCUAGCGUACAUCUACUUGGAGAUUCGUACCAACAGGCUUUGCAACGGUUUUUUGCUCUUGAAAGGCGUCUUCCGCGCAAGUGUAAGCACAAUAUUCAUUAUUCAUGA